AUGACCGAGCCACCGUCCUUCAUGCGAAACCUGCCCUCCCACAACCCGGAGAACUUCAGCAAAAUGAAAGAGACAGAAGAGACGACAGCUCGACCGCCGAUCGCCUGGCACGUGCCGACCCAUGAUGGUGAGCAGACGAUCAAGCACGACCGGAUCCCGUUCCUGCUGAAGUAUUUGGAGCAGCAUUUCUCGAUUAAUAAACCAGACAAGCCCUCCACAUCCACCUCCACCGCCACCGCACUCGCGGCCAUCAAGCGAAAUAACGCCGGUUCGGACACGGACGCGGAUCGCCGGAAAUCGAGACGUGUCGCCGACGAU